AUGAGAUGGCCGACCUUGAAAACCAAGAACAAUCAAAGAAGGUCGACAUCUUCAGAGAUACGUUAUUCGAAUGAGGUUGGGGAAUCAUUUCGGGCAUUGGUUCAUGUUAACUGGGUGAGGUUUAGUUAUGUUGUGGCUUCAACUUAUGUGUGUGCUGAUGCUGCCAGUAAGGGAAAAGAAGUCUAUCAGAAGACCCAAGGUGAAGAUGAUCAAAAGAAGAAGACAGGUAUUGUGGUAGGAGAUGUGUUAUUGUGGCAGGGUCUGGCCUCUGUCAUCAUACCUGGAUUCACUAUCAACCGAAUUUGUUUUGCCAGCAACAAAGUUUUAUACAAACUAACAAAACUGCCUCCUAUGACAAGAAAGUGGACAGUGACUGCUAUUGGCUUGGGCUCAAUUCCUUUCAUAAUCCAUCCUAUUGACAAAUUUGUCGACUACCUUCUUGAUAAUACACUCAGAAAGUACACGAAAAGUGUUGAGGAAUGA